AGCAGGUUCGAACACGUUCAGUAUACGCCGGUUCUGCCGACGAAUAGCAUCAGGUUGUAGGUGGAUUGUAAACGAAGUGCGAGUGUUUUUACGUGCGAAAUCGUGCGCACGAAUGAAUCUGUCAACAGUCUACGGAAGAAUUUUACUCAUAUACGAGUACAUCACUAGAAGUAAUUCAUCUUUUCAACCUUUAUACGUCCACAUCAUAUCUUCCAAUGGCUAUGAUAGAGGAAAAAUUUUGUCGUGAUGAUAGUGAUUGUUCUAAUAAACAAUAUUGUUAUCAUGUAUCAGAACGAUGUGUCGAUUAUACGCAAUGCAAUAGAUACAAUAGAGUAGAAAAUCAUGAAGGAAGAUCACGACAUCCUUCUCAAUGCGGCCCCUGUCUUCCUGGCUACAUCGCAGAAGAACUAGGUACAGGAGAAAUGGCAAUAUUUUGUCAAAAAAAUAUACAACAAAAUGUUCAUAGAUUGAAUACCGAUGUAAUUAUCUACCCAACAAUUGGAAUAAUUCUAAUUACCUUAGCCUUUCUCGGUAUACUACUUUUCAAACGACGAAGAUCAAAACAACGAAAAAACAUGGUAGAACAGUGUGAACACGGUGAAUUUUGCGUGAUGGAACCGACUGCUCCGCCAUUUGAAAACAAACCUUUCAUCACCUGUAAAGAAGGGUCACCGCCUGUAACAUUUAACAAUAAUAAAAUUUUAAGAGAUAAGAACAAUCUUGUGCGUGCUGUCGGUUAUGUGCCUCCAUGCUGGGUUCGUAUAAAUCCAAAUUAUGAAUACGAUUCAAAUAACGACAAUGUAGAUUCAGUAAGUCUACAUUCACCGGAAUUAUCAACUGAUGAUCAAUCAAAUAAUCUGACUCCAGAGCAACUAGCUCUUGAAGUUAGAAAUGGAAACUUAGCUGAAUAUGAAAUUGAACAAAUGGAUAAUAAUUUAAAUACAAUUCUAAUCCAAGCAAAUAAUCCUUCUUCGUCUAAUUCGACACAAGAAGAAAACAAUAAUAACAACAAUAAUAACAACAAUAAUAAUGGUUCAACAUCAGACUCAAGUAAUACUCAAAGUGGUAGAGAAAAUGUCCGAAUAUCAAAUGUUCUCAUUUCUCAAAAGAUAUCUAUGAAUGUGAAUCUACUCAAUAGUGAUUGUUGAUCUCGAAAGAUUAAUUUAGGUUAGAAAAAAGAUAUAAAUAUUGUUUAUGAUUAUCAAUUAUGUUAGUCAGUUUAUAUCGCUUAAUAUUUUAUAUAUUAUUAAGUAAAAAAAUACAUGACGGAUUCUUGAUAUUUUUUUAGAAAAUGCAAGACUUUCGAAUUUUUUUACGUUUUUUACUUUUAUAAUUAAUAUGCAUGAUUACAAUAGUUAUAAUAAUUAGAAUGUAACACAAUAAAUUGCUGUGAAGUUAAA